AUGAGCAAUUUGAAAACGGAAAUAGAAAUUACCAAAAGGUCAAACAACACAAGCAAUUUCAGCUGUUUACCUACUCAUCCAUAUCAGAUCUUGGGACCAACAAGUAGCCGCUUGGCUAGUGCAGGAAGUGGACAAAUUCAACUUUGGCAAUUUCUUCUUGAACUUUUAUCAGAUAGUCGUUACGCGGAAUCUAUUACUUGGGAAGGUACAAAUGGAGAAUUCAAGUUGGUUGAUCCUGAUGAUGUUGCACGUCGUUGGGGUGAACGUAAAAGUAAACCGAAUAUGAAUUAUGAUAAAAUGAGUCGAGCUCUCAGAUAUUAUUAUGAUAAGAAUAUAAUGUGCAAAGUGCAUGGAAAACGAUAUGCUUACAAGUUUGAUUUCCAAGGCAUAGCUCAAGCAUUACAGCCUCAAGCUAAUGCUACGUCUUCUGAUUUAUUCCAGCAGUCACGAUUGCAUUCAUCAGAAUUCAUUCAUUCACCAUGGGCUACUGCAAAUUAUCGCACGCUUAUGUCACCUCAAUUUCAGGCAUCAGCUGCAGCUGGAGCUUUGUUCAAUCCAUCAGUCGGAUAUGCUGGAUUCGGUAGUUCCAGUAAUAAUGCACUGCAAGCUCGGAAUUUUCCUCUUUACGCAUCAUCGGGAUAUCCAAAAUGUAUAUAA